CCUCCCCCGGGUUGAUUGGGCCGAGUGAGUAGCGAGUGGGUCGCUGGGAGACGGCAGAACGUUGCCAUUGUGUAUGCAGCAAUUGAGGGGGAAACUGACGAGGGAGAUCCAGCGGCGAGGGAGGAAGGUGUGUGGAAUACUGAAGGUGGAACAUGGCACGUACCAAGCAGACAGCUCGUAAAUCUACCGGCGGCAAGGCCCCUCGCAAGCAGCUGGCCACCAAAGCAGCGCGCAAAAGUGCGCCGUCAACUGGGGGUGUCAAGAAACCCCAUCGCUACAGGCCAGGGACUGUGGCCUUGCGCGAGAUCCGCCGUUACCAGAAAUCGACGGAGCUGCUGAUCCGCAAGCUGCCCUUCCAGCGCCUGGUGCGUGAAAUCGCCCAGGACUUCAAGACGGACCUGCGCUUCCAAAGUGCAGCGAUCGGCGCCCUCCAGGAGGCGAGCGAGGCCUACCUUGUCGGCCUCUUUGAGGACACCAACCUGUGCGCCAUCCACGCCAAGCGAGUCACCAUCAUGCCCAAGGACAUCCAGCUGGCGCGUCGCAUCCGCGGCGAGCGGGCCUGAGGCGGCUCCCAGGAGGGGAGGAGGCCGGGGUGGCCUUUCCUCCUCCCGCCCUCGUCCAGUAGUUCUGUCGACUGUUCUAGAAUAUUUCCCCCCCCCUCUCUCUGAGGAAACUCCUUCCUUGGGGGGGGGGGGGGGGGUUGGGGUUUGGGGCUGAAUUGUAUGAUUUUUAUUUUUAUCUCUCUCUCUUUUUCUGUCUGUCCACGCUGGUGAAUUAGGGCUCGGUGCUUCGGCCCAAGUGUGAGGGGGGGGGGGGUCGUCGUGCUGGGCCGCCCACUGCGCCUGCGCGCACCCCAAACCCAGUUCCCGCCAUUCCCCCCCCGGCCUUCCGCGCAUGCGCUCAGCGCCCCCGCCGGGGAUCUCGCCGUCUGCGCAUGCGCCCUGCACUCGCGGGCCGGCCUUCUGCGCCUGCGCGCCCCAGUUCCCGCCAUCGCCAACUGCCAGCUCCCCGCGCGUGCGCUCAGCACCCUCCCCGCGGGGAUCUCGCCGUCUGCGCAUGCGCCUGCGCGCCCCAUUCCCGCCAUCACCAACUGCCAACUCCCCGCGCUUGCGCCGGCUCCGGCCGCCAUUUUGGCCCCGAGGUGGAGGAGACGACACGCUCCCGUCGUCGUCGUCUGACGGAUGGAGACCUCCUCCUGGGGAUUGUUAAGACGGAGGAGGGGGGGGGGGGGGGGUUUAAGGCCUUCCUCCCCUUCUGCUUGCAACCCUCGUCGCUCUCUCUCGCCGGGCGGGUGAGUCGGGGUGCAGCUCGGCAAUGGCGGCGGCGGUGGGCGAGUUGAGGGGGGGAGGGACGGGGACGAGCGGCGCCUCACGUGAUCCCCCAGGGCGCAGUACCCCGGCCCCGCCAUGUGAGGGCGCGUGUGUGUGGAUGCUCGCUGUAGACAUCCACUGGCCGGGGUCAGUACUGCAGGAGGGAGGCCAAUCUGGAUGGUUCAAUAUCCCUUCCUCACCCCCCCCUCCUUUGCUAUUGCCCAUGAUGUAUAUGCAUCCCCUUCUUUCCUCUCACCCCCCCCCCCUUUGCUAUUGCCCUCGAUGUAUAUGCAUCCCCUUCCUUCCUCUCACCUCCCCCCCCCUUGCUAUUGCCCUCGAUGUAUAUGCAUCCCCUUCUUUCCUCUCACCCCCCCCCCCUUUGCUAUUGCCCUCGAUGUAUAUGCAUCCCCUUCUUUCCUCUCACCCCCCCCCCCUUCCCAUCCCAUACCCUAUGCAUUGGAGGGCCAUCAAGAAGUCUGAGCUGGGGCAUUGAAUAUCUUAUCUCAUGCCAUUCCUCCUCAGAUAGACAAACAAUGCUGGAGGAUCUCACGACAGGCAGCGUUUCUGGAGAGCAGGAAUGGGUGGCGUUUUGGGUCAAGACCCUACUUCAGACUUGAAACGUCACCCAUUCCACCUUCUCCAGAGAUAUGCUGCCUGCCCCGCUGAGUUACUCGAGCAUUUUAUAUCUACCUUUUGUGUAAACAAGCAUCUGCGCCCCCCCCCCCCCCCCCCCCAGAGCUGCACAUUGCAUUCAAUCAUACCUUAGUGGGAUGUUAGUCGGGAAGGGAAAGUAGAUGUCAACAGGAUGUCUAUCCUUGCAUUUUCCUCCCCUCAACACCCCAAGAAUCAGAAACGCUUCCCCCACCCCCAGCACCAAAUUAUUUUGCCCAGAUUUGUCACUCUCGCCAUGGUGAAGUGGGCCCAAAGUACCACCUUGAGUUUUAUAAUAAAUUUUAUACUAUGGCAAAGCAAAAACUAUUUUUUCCAUUGCUGAUAUUAACUGCGGUAAUUUAAAGGGACAAAAAAAAAAGCAAUGACAAAUGGUGCUUACAUUUUACCUCCAAGCCGUGGGAUGACAAAGCUUUUUUUUUAAACUGCUUCUCAUGGCCAUCUGCUCGUUCCACCGCCAUGAUAGGUCUGGUGGACUGGGAUAAUAUUUGAGUUUCUAUUCGUGCCGGGUUUUUUUUUAAUGAAACCUGUUGCAUGGACUUUUUUUAAAAAACAUUUCGGCCUCUCUCUCUCUUCUGUUUUUGUUUGGAAGAGUUCUUUUUCGAGGGCGGCUCGUCCCAAUAUAUUUUUAACACCUCCCCCCCCCCCUCCCCUUUCUCUCUGUGAACUAAAUCUCUGGGGGGGGGGAAGCGAUUCAUUCAAAAUUACUGUUUCCUAUGUGAAACCAGUGUCUGAAUUCUGUGGUGGUUGGGGAGCAAAGAACCUAGUUCUUCAUUGUUGAAUGAGAUUAUUUCAGAAUCUGGAUUACCCAAGCUUGUCUGUAAACUUUUGACUGUGUGGUUGAUUGGCUUUAAAAGAAAAUCUCUCGCCCACCAGAUGCACAGUGUGUGAGUGUCUCUCGGGGGGUCGCUCAGCAAGAUAUGGGCAAGAUCAGCCAUAAUCCCACCAUUUAGGGUCCUGAAUGGAUGUGAGCCCCUUGCACAUAAAAUGGAGGUCUCCUUGGUCUGCUGACUGUUCGGGCUGCACUGAUGAGGAAACUGUGUGAUCAUGGUUCAAGUUGGGCAUGGGUUUAUCAGCAUAAACCCAGUGUUUAUUAGUGAUGGUGUUUGGCAGUGUGGAAACGAGAUUAGAGCUGAAUCAAGGUGCGGGGGAUAGUAUUUAGUCUAUCUCUGCCCUAGGAAAGUGUACAAGAACCAUUACUCUAUCUAACCUGUGUUCUAUCUCUGCCUUGGGAAUGCAUUCAGGGACUGAGUAGAGAGAGAGGUGUAGUUUUGUCUCUGCUUUGCGAAACUCUCCCCCCCCCCCAUCAUCAUCAUGAUUGCUGAGCAAGCAUAACCAUUGUUUUAAAGAAUACUGUCUGCCAUCUCGCCUCUAGGCUGCUCCCCUCCUGCCCGCGCUCCCUUCCCUCUACAGUGGAAAAAAAGAUUAAAACGCCUCCCACACUUGCAGCACGAGUUUCUCUAGUUCACAGCACAGUCCAGGGUAUUUUAUAAUCCAGUCUUUAAAUCUUUCAUAUCAACUACACUGUAGAAAAAGAAAAAUGUUUGUAGAAAGGGUUUUAUUUGUGUUUUAAAAGAAGAAAAAUCUAAACCUGUUUGUAUGUCUUUCUGAAGAGAUUUCUUCAUUCGUAUUCAUGACCUGUCUGCUCUCUCUUCUUUGACUGCUGUCUUCUUCCUCUGACUAUCUUGUACACAUUACUAUUAAAAGCGUGAAAUCUGAA